ACGUGGAACUGGGAUACGUGGCAGUUCGGCUUCUUACCGGAGCGGUUGUUGAGAGAAUAAAGCCCAGUAAGCCCGACAAAAUCCGACAUGAAUCGUCCAGGCGGCUUAUUCUUCUGCUUGCUGGCUUCUUCAGCUCUCUUAAGUGACGUUGACGCGUUCCGAGAAGAAGUGAAGAUCGAAGUUUUGUACAAGCCACAGCUGUGUCUCCGGAAGAGCAAACGGGGAGAUGCGCUGAACGCACAUUGUGAUGGUUACCUUGUGGACGGCACGAAGUUUUACUGCAGUCGUGAAGACAGUGCAGGUCAUCCUAAGUGGUUUGUGCUUGGUGUUGGCCAAGUAAUAAAAGGAUUAGACAUUGGCAUGACCGACAUGUGUGAAGGAGAAAAAAGAAAACUAAUUAUACCACCUUCACUGGGAUAUGGAAUGAAUGGUAAAGAUAAAAUACCCCCUAAUGCAACCCUGAUUUUUGAAGUUGAACUGUAUACAGUGAGAAAUGGACCACGGAGCGUGGAGUCUUUUAAAGCAAUUGAUUUGAAUGGUGAUCGACUACUCUCUCAGCAGGAGUUGAAGAUAUAUGUGCACGAAGAGUUUACAAGGGAUAAUAGAAUCCAAGAUCCCUCUUACAAGGAAAAAGUUCUCUAUGAUAUUCUCCGAAAAAACGACGUCGAUGGAGAUGGCUACAUUUCUGCUAGGGAAUACAAUGUUUUCAAUCAUGAUGAGCUUUAGAAUUGUGCAAUAAAAUUGAAUUUCUAUCUAUUAAAGUGCUUUUUUUAAAUAUCUAUAAGGUUAUUAAAUAUACAUUUACUGUGGUACUGCAAUGAGCAAACAUACUGCAAAGCAUCACCUUUUGAUGUCUAAAAUGUUUUUUAAGCCUGACAUUAUGUUUGAUAUUCACAAAAACUGAGGACUGCGUAACUCUCCUUUUUAGAAUUUAAAUAAUAUUGUACUGUUUUGAUCACUCAAAUAAAUAUUUUGAGCAAAUGAA